AGGACACUCCUUGAGUAGUACGAAAAAUAUCAUUAAUUUGAAAAUAUGGUUUUUAAUUUGAUAUAAGUUCUUAAAAAUUCUAAAAAUUUGAACUCGAAUAAAUAAAUUAUAUUAAAGGGGACAAUGGUGAUGAGUAUACUUAAAAAAUCACGCUGUACAUGUUUACUACACGUAUGUCAUUGAAGAUUGAAAAAUACCCACAAAGCAUUUUCCAAUGUUAUUACUUCGAUAAACUUUGAGACCGAAUUGAAUUUUAACCUACACACACAUUAUAUAUUAUAUUAUUAUCUACAAUAUUGUGUUGUUUUUACACUAGCCUUAUUAUUAUAUUAUAUACCUAUACUAGCUGCUGCAGACUGAUGUCAUGUCAUUAUUAUAGUUAAUAAAAUAUCAUAAUGCAUAUUAUGCACAUCGUAUUAUUAUAGCUAUCACCCAGUCCCGUACUCCGAAGCUUCAGCAAAUUGGUCAAUCUAAAUAAGAUAUUUAUAAACUAUUUAAUAGUUAAAAAUGUAUUAAAUGUUCAACUUUUAUAGCUAGGGAUUGAAAAUUUAAAUCAAGGUUCCACGUAAAUAGGUAACAAUGUACCUACUCAUCAAAUAUACUUGGUAAUAUACUAAUAUCAUAGACUAACCGACCGGGAUUCGAUCAGAAUCGGUUUUUUUUUUGUACAAUGAUACGCUAUAAUGCUUUAUCAUUGAAUUCAAAUUCAAAAUCUAUUAUCAAAUGCCAAAUGGGCAUUAAAAUAUUAACAUUUACUAGUGUAAAUAAUGGACAUACAAAGUUGGCUGUGAGCUUAGUUCAUUGAUCAUUAAACAUAUUGUAUCUAUCAUAAUGUGGAUUUUCGAAAAAAUUGAUUUGGCUCCUCUUGGUUCUGAGGCCACUAUCAAGUAAUUGAAUCACCGUUAAGAUAAAAUAAUAUAGGUACACGGCAGAGAUGGAAGCCAAUGCGGGAUCUUCAAGAUGCACUGCACAAUCGUCUGAAUAUGCCGAUGAGGGACGCUGCUUGAUCGACGCUUUGGACUUGGCCGGUUACCGCAAGAGCACUACUGUCGGGUGUCCGUUACGGCGCGGACUUACAGAGUGUUUCCGGUCGACGCCAGAACUCACCAGUGACUCACCCGUGAACAAACCGGUAGUAAAGAUGGACCCAGUGCCACCUGUUCUUACGACUGCGGAUCCAAACAACCGAACGGAUGCGCUAAAAUGCCUGAAGCAACAUCUUUUCGUGAUCAACGCUUUGGACUUGGCUGUGGAUCGCAGGAUCGCUACAACUGUCGGGCCACAGUUACGGCCACUGCGAGAAAAUGCAGCCAGUUUCCGCUCUUCCGCAGAGCUGAGCAUUCACUCGCCCGUGUACGGACUAGUGAAGUCUGUUCCACCGGUGGCAACUGAAAUUCAGCCAAAUCCUGUACGUUCCGAUCGUCGCAGAUCACUAUGGAAGAGGUCGAAGAGAUUCAUGUGGAAAUCCAUGGUCAACGCUGGACGCAGAAUAUGCUUCUGCCAGACUUUUGUUGACCUGGAAUGAUAUCCGCAAAGUUCGACCUCAUCCCCUGCCACCGUGAUCAUGCCUAUGUUACCAGUUACCACCGUUCGCCGCCGCCGCCUCUUGAACCCGCGACGCCGGUUGUGAUUGUCGGACAAUUCGUCCGUUUUUGUUCAAGUUCGUUCAAGUUUUUCAAUGUACAAAUUUGACGUUUUUCGUCCCCGUUUGUUUGCGGAAGUUAGUUCGCCGUCAUCGCCGUUAUUUGUCCGGCGUCGUAUAGUUUUAUGCCAACGUCCACCACUCACCUCAAGCCAUACAUUUUGUGUCAUUAUUGUUUUGUAUGUGUUAAGUUUUUGAUUCCACCAAUACCUACCAUUUAUUUGUUAUUAACAUAUUAUUAUAUGCCAUGUUUAUACCUUAUUUAAAUUGUACUGAUUAUAUCUAUAUAAUAUAUUAUACUGUGUUAACCUACUCCUGUCGGCCGUCUUCAACAUUUCGCACAUCAUAAGUCGUUGACGCUAACCGAAAAUUAUAUAAAAGUAGGAGCGGUGUACACAACAUAAUUGUCGUCAACAAAUACGAGUUGAAAUUUUUGUGGAACAUGUAGAAAAAAUGCCUGCAGGAUACACACACACACACACACACACACACACGUUGUGCGUUCACAUAAUCGUGUCAUAAUUAUGGCUAGGAUUUAUAUGCAAUAAAAAAAUAAUGAAAUAU